AUGGAGAAAUCUACAAAUUUCCGCAUCGAUGCGCUUCUCGCUGUUGACCCGCCGAAGGUGCAGACAUCUCCGCUUGCGCUUGUGACUUCUUUAUCCUCCUCUUCCAUUUCAUCGUCCGGAAGUGUACAAGCCUCAGAAUUGAAUGCCGACUCUUUACGGACUGAGACUCCGUCUCCACCGAGGAUUUCCUCCUGUGGUUUGAUUCCUAAACCAGGCUUCUUGAACAGUCCCCACAGUAUGGUUGGAUUACAUCCACAGAGUAGCGCAGGGAUCCCUCCUCAGGCUCUCUACGGCCACCCCAUGUAUACCUAUUCCCUCGGGCAGCACCCUGCCCUGUCCUACUCAUAUCCGCAUGGGUCCCAUCACCACCAUCCCAGCGACUCCCUCAAACUCUCUGCGGGGACGUUUCAGCUCGACCACUGGCUGCGAGUCUCCACGGCGGGAAUGAUGCUACCCAAAAUGCCCGAUUUUAACUGUGAGUAUUGUGAGUAUACCUGGCCUUUAUUUUUCAUAGUUUGUCGUUUAUGCUUUUACUUAUAUUACAUUAUUUUUGGACUGCUAAUAAAUAAUUGUUUUUGCUUUACACGUGGCAAGUAAAUUGACGCAUUUUACAUUAUGGUCCCAUAACUUGGUGAAGAAAUGUUCCCAGACAAAAAGUAUGUUUGAGUGAGAGGAGAGAGGGUGAUAGGUUUUCAGAGAGGAACUAAAAUGGACAGAUAAUGGACAGUUGGAAAGUGACAGAGGAGUGUGAAACCCACAACCGACACACUGUUUGCUCACCAGAUACUGCCUUUUUGUUCCUAUUCGUUUUAACAGAUUUGUUCAAAAUGAGGUGGCAAAUAGCUUAGCUCUCAUUGAAUACAUAUUAUAUGACAAUGUUAGAUGUUGGCUACUAACAAUAUUUUGGCAAUUUUUAACCGGAACUCGUACUGUUUCUUGAGGAGGCAGUGUGCAAAAACGCACACAUUUCUAUCCAUUUAAAUCAGUUUCAGUUCAAACUUUUAGCCAUUUAAUAUUCAGCAACAAAUUCCCCAUUUUAAGCUGAAAUGAUUACCGUUUCUUUUUCAAUCUGCUUAUUACAAAAGUACAUCUUGCUAGCCUAUAUCAUAGGCCUAAAGGAAAUUGCUAGCUCAGUUAGGACCCAUAUGCCUAUUAUUCCUUCAUCAUGAUUAUUAAUAUAGCCUAGGUCUGCCUAUCGAAUAAUGCAGCCAAAUGCGUGCAUAAUCCUAAUGUAAAAACAUGCACACAGGUUGUCGUGCUUUUUUCUUGACCUCAUGACUAGAAAUGGACUUAUAUUUUGUUUUCCAGCUCAGGCCCAGUCAAACUUGCUUGGAAAGUGCAGAAGACCAAGGACUGCAUUCACAAGUCAGCAGCUGCUGGAGCUGGAGCAUCAAUUCAAACUGAAUAAGUAUCUGUCAAGACCAAAGCGCUUUGAGGUAGCUACAUCCUUGAUGCUGACAGAAACGCAGGUAUAUAAGAGCAACAUUUCUAACAAAUACAUGUUUGUUUGAGAGCCAUUGCGAAACAUACCACUAUUAGGCUAUUCAAUCAGUUUUACAUUAAAACACUGUUAUUUUGUUGUGUGUUAUAUAGUCAAGUCAGGUGGUGCUGUAGGUGUCCAUUAAGCAAGGCGCUUAUGCAUAUUCAAAAACGGCCAAUUAAUGUAAUAACGAUUUUUUUCAACACAUUUUCUCACAAAUAUUUGUUAUUUUCAUUUUCAGGUGAAAAUUUGGUUCCAGAACAGGCGGAUGAAGUGGAAACGGAGCAAGAAGGCCAAAGAGCAAGCCGCGCAGGAGGCUGAGAAUAAGAAAAGCAACAAAAACAGCCAGGAGAAAUCGGACAGACAGGAACAAACGGAUUAUCAAAAGACUGGUUCUGCAAAAAGUAACAGAAUAAGAGACUUCAGGGACAGUGACGAUGAUGAAGGUGACAACUUCUUGUACAACUCCUCGGAUUGCUCUUCAGACGACGAGAGAAACCACACCAGUGAUAUAAAUCCACAACCUUGAGACAGGGGCAAGGAAACAUGUCUUCUUGAAAAGCUAUACACUCCUUAAAUGAGAUUGGAAUUUUCCACCAAACUACAGCUGCAUGUAGGCCUACAGUAGUAACAACCUUCAAUCAUACCCGGAAAUUCAGAAAUUAAUGAGAAUCAUUUGGAAAAUACUAAAGGAUGACUGAGAUUCAGUGUGUGCAGAAUGGCCCUAGCAAGCAAGGUCGGAUUUACGUUUUAGAAUGUAGUAUUGAGGUACACUCUGCUAUUUGUAACAUUGCAUGGUUUUAUGUGACAGUGUCAUGUUUUCACGCAGUUGGUGUAGGACCCACUACAAUCGUAUGGGUUCUCCACUAUAGGGGUUAUUAUCAUAGUAUUUUGAUAUGGCGACCAAUUGUAAAUUCAGACAUGACACAGUCAUUUUGCAUUUUCUUUUGUUUAAUGUUUUUGAAAAUGUGUGGUGUUACACUUAUGUAAUUGCGUCAUAUAGGCCUACAGUUUACGUGCAGAAAAAUGUUAUGCGUUUAUUUUUGUAUUCUGUAUUUAUAAAAUGUCUAAACCAAUGCAUGCUAAAUUAUUGUUAACCGUCUCCCAUGGUACAGACG